AACCCCGAAUAGCCCGCCUUCCACACUCGACUUCUCAUUGGCCAGAUGGGCACGCUUACCACAGCAACAGGUUACCUCACCAGCGAUAGCCCCGCCCCUACUCCGCCUUUGGAACGCAGAGCCACCGCAGGGGGGCGGCCUCUGAUUGGUUGGACGGAGAGUUGUCAACAAAAAAAUGUGUUUGUUCUCGUGCGUUUUCUGGGCGCAAAAUUCAAACGAAGAAAUAGAAUGAAAAUCAAAAAUACAGUAACGGUCGGUUACGUUAAUAUAACUGUGGUUUAUUUAGUAGUUUAUUAGCUUGAAAGAACGGAACCAAAAAAAAAAAAAAAAAAACUUUUAUCGAAGGUGAAAAAAUAAUUAUAAUAAUCUUAUUAACCAGGCACGUUUAAUUCCUGUUACGUUUUUUUAAAAUAUUUUUUUCUCUCAGUUUUACACAAACCGUGGGAGUUUUUAACACUAAGACUGAUAAUAUUAAUGAUAAUAAAAUAAAAACUACAGAAAAUGUUGGUCGAGGCACAAGCCGGUAACCGGUUGACUACAGCGGCAGCAAAAGGUGACCUAACCGAACUGAAAACUCUGCUACGCGGGAAAGAAGUCCACCCAGACACCGCGAAUGAAUUCGGGAAGACGGCGCUGCAGGUCAUGAUGUUUGGAAACUGCAGUGUAGCCCGUGAGCUUUUAAAACACGGCGCCAGCGCCAACGUCCAGGACGGGCUGGGUAUCUCCCCGGCUCACGACGCGGCGAGAACCGGCUUCGUGGACACCCUGCGGGUCCUGGUGGAGUACGGGGCCAGCGUUAACACCGCAGACAGCUUCGGCGCCCUCCCCGUCCACAUUGCCGUCAGCGAGGGCCACGUCGAGGUGGUGCGCUUCCUGGCCCCCAGAUCCGACCUGCGGCAAACCGACAAGCGCGGAGAAUCGCCUCUGGACCGGGCCAGGGCUUCGAACCACUCCGGUAUCGUGGAAAUCCUGGAACGGCAACUGGAAUCCGACCAGAACUCGAGUCAACAGUGAUCCAACAGCACCAUUAAUCUGUGACAAACAAAACACCACCCAGAACUUCACAGACACCUGCCAUAAAACAAGAAAUCCGAUUUAGAGGGACAGAGCUGGCUUUUAGGAUGUAUUUCUCGGGUUAGGACCGGGCUUCUCAAACUCGGACCUGCGGACCCGCUCCCUGUGUCGGCUGCUUUUCAUUCCAACUCAAUCACCUAACUAAAAUCUGAACCCAUAAUCUGCUUAAUUAGACCUUUUUAAUUGUUCUCAGCUCCGAAAAAGAUGCAGAUUUACUUGAAAACUUGAAAACCCGCAGCUGUUUAAGAGCGGAGAGCAAUUAAAAAGGUCUAAUUAAGCACAGGAUCAGUUCAGUGAAGGGUCUGGUUCAGUAAUCGAGAGCUGGGUUGAAAUGAAAAGCAGCAGCCCUGCGAAGUUAAAGCCAUUUAUAUCAGAAGGAUUAUUUAAACACAGUGGUUUGAGAUAUCUGCACAUGCUUUUCGGUGUAUUUCAAGAUAUAAUGAAACGUGUAUUUAAAUGUAUUUACAGCCUUGCAACUUGCACAGUGUUUGUUUGGUUGUGUUUUGUUUGCAAGUCUUUUUUAAAUUGUACAUACAGACAGUACAGGGUGAUUAAAUGCUUUAUUAUUACGAGCGUUGUAUUUAUAAUGCAGUUGUAUGAAUUGUUGUGUGGAUUUGAGAUUCAAUAAAUUAUUUAAUAU